CCGUGUUGGCUCAGGCUCCGUGGGGGCCAGCAGCAGCCCGCUCUGCGGGCCCUGCAGCGGGCAGUUGCCGGACCAAGCUGUAAUCUGUCACCCGCGUGCGGUGUUAUGGGCCAGGUGGCGAGUCCAGAUACAGGGAUGUGCACGGGGGCGCGGAAAGCCGAUUCUGAGAUUCCCGAUUUCCUGAACGGAAGCUUCCAGCCGAACGAUUGGGCGGCCCUGUUUCAGGCGAUGGAGGACAUGCACUGCCGGAUGGAGCAGCAGAGCCAGGACAACCUCGAGCAAAAGUUGACCAUCCAGAAUCUGCGUUCCGAAAUCGGCCGCCUUCGGCGCAGCAUCGCUGAGCGGGACUGCGAGGUGGACUGGGCCCGCGUGGACGCGCUGGAGCUGCACUACCGCGAGGUCGAGCGGGCCCGCUGCCGCACUCCGGAGCGGGCGCGGGGAGCCCCCGACCUGGGCAAGUUUGUCGCCUCCGAGCUGUUCCAGUGCGAGGACACCGACGCCGCAGAGCACCCGACGCCGGGCCCCAGGCCGGCCGUGUUCGAGGCGUUCCUCACGCCUCCCCCCUCGGCUCGCACCCUCGAGCAGCAGGGUUGA